AUGAAGGAUGUUCAUGCAUUGCAUCACGAUGAUUUGCUACAUGUCACAUUUAAUGAAAGAGGUCAGCCUUAUGGUGAUUUACAACCGGUACUAGCAAAUUAUGUGGGAACAAUAGCUCGAAAUGGAGUUUUGUUGCCCCUUGAUUAUUUAGACUGGCGAAAAAUUCCAAAGCAUCGGUUGGAGGAGGCAUGGAAACUUGUUAUUGCACGAUUCAUAAUCUCCGAUCAACACCGAGAUUUUGUGAUGCAAAUGAUGGGAGUUGCAUGGAGGCGAUGGAGGACCCAAGUUAAAGCUACGUCUUAUGAUUCGAAUAUUCCAUUAAGGGACCUUGUGUCCAUUCGUCCUAUUCCUCAUGGCCUGGCUAUAGAAGUCUGGGAAAGAUUAUGUGAGCACUGGAAGGUUACUGAGUUGAAAGACAAUGGUAGGAAGCCGACUCGCAUCGAAAUAAUGCAUUUGAGUCGAAGAAGUAAAAAGAAAGGAGGUGCUCCAGUUGAUGCUGAAGCCAUACGCUAUGAGGCUGUGCAAAUUCGCCUACAAGACAUGCCUGAGGGAACACAAGCAAUAGAAGUGCAUGAGGAUGCAUUUCGUGAUGUAUUCGGAACUGAGCAUUCUGGUCGAGUUCGAUGUCUAGGAGCAGGAGCACUACCUAGCCAAGUCUUCCCUGAACAAUGUAAACGUAGCUCAUUCUACAAUAGGCAAAACUAUCACUCCACUACGGAUAUCACAGAUAAAUUCAAAGCAAUGCAAGAACAAAUGAACAAAGAUAUGGAGAUGCGUGAAUCACAGUUGCGAGCAGAAAUGGAGGCGCAAAAAGCACAAUUUCAAACAAAAAUGGAGCAAAUGAGACAAAUGCAAGAUCAGUUUGAAAGUUUUACACGUGUUAUGCAGAGUAUGAUACAUGGAACUGCUGGAGGGUCUAAUGGACCUGAAUUGUUACCAACACAGAUGGCAAUUGUAAUGGCAAACAUCAUUCAGAAACACAUGGAUGCCACAUCAAAUCCAAAAGAAAAUGCUAUCUCCCGAGAAGAUUCAUCUGAUAAUUAG